UUUACAAAUUUAGGGGUUCUUUCUUAUGUAAAUUUUUUAAAAGAAUUUGGGGGUUCUAAACCGGUGUUUCAGUUCGAUGUGUCCAGGACCGCCCCUGGUCAUAGUUGACGAAUAAAUUCUAUAAAAAAAACAAUGAGAGAAAUGAUGACAAAAAAAAAAAAAAAAAUCAAUGAGAGAAAUGUCGUGUUUUAAUGACUUUUCUUCUAGAAACGUCAUUUUAAAAGAAGAAAAAAACAAUUGUCAUUUUCAUAACCAUCUUCUCCGAAGUUUCCCGCUUCAAUCGCUUCCGUCUACAAGUAUACCUUCCCCGUCCGUACGUACUUAUGAAGAGUCUAUAGCCGAUAAAGCUUGAAACUUUAUUCAGAAACAGAGUACCCAUAUUUUCACCAACGCUAACCAAAACGUCUAAAACUAUCAGAAACAGAAACACCGAGAGGUAUGGAUUGUUCAUUCAUAAGCAUAAACGAUCUCCAAAGAAUGUUCCACAAGCUCGACAAGAACCAAGACGGUCUCGUGACCCUCGACGAGCUUCAUUGGAUACUAGAGAGACUCGGCUGGUCCGAACACACUCCCGAAGAACUCGAACUGUUCGUUGGGAAACAGAGUCUCGACUUAGACGAGUUCCUUCGGUUCUACGACGACGCCGUUUCGAAUAGGAAGGAAACAAAGAACGAUAGUGUUGUUGAUAAUGAUGAUGCGAUUGUGGGGGCGUUUAAUGUGUUUGACGUGAACGGAGAUGGUUAUAUUUCGUCGGAGGAGCUUCGAACGGUGUUGGAACGGCUCGGAUUCGAGGAGGAGACAAAGAGUUGGGAUUGUGGGAGGAUGAUUCGAGCCCAUGACAAGAAUCUUGAUGGUGUUAUUGAUUUUGAAGAGUUCAAGAACAUGAUGUUACAUGUCCAAUGAUGCUUGCAUAUGUGUGUAUAGUCCGUGUGACAUGUUUUAUGUGUUGUGUGUAAACUCCUUAAAGUAAGUAUAUAUGCUUAUAUAUAUUGUUAUGUGUUAAUGUAAAAAAUAUACAUCUCUGUUACUUUUUUGCAUAAUCAUACGUUAAGUAUAGCCUGCAUGGUUGUGUGAUUAAGUUGUAAGCAAGACUUGUGAAUGUGCUGUAACACUCUCUCCGGGGUUCGAGCCUUUAAAACAGAACAAUAGCCAUGUAGAAAGUUUGACUU